GCCUAUAACAUAAAAAUAUAUUACACUUUAAAUGGAAUCGAAUGAAACGCGAAAAUUCCAACAAACUCAAAGCAAACAGCAUAACAUUCGAUCGAAACUAGAAAAGCAUUUAAAAGUUUUCAACAAGAAAUUUUUGCUACUUUUCAAACAAUGUAUAUAUAUAUAUGAGUGGGGAUGCAAAUUCCUUUUUUUCGUGAUUGUGUGACACAUAGUGAUUUGAAAUUUUGAGCACGCACCAAACAAUUUAAAGAACAGCAAAAGAACAAAAGACAAAAAGAAAAUAUUUUACUAUGAACAUCGAAGUGUAGCGAGAAGAGAAGUAACAAUAACAAAAAAAUAUAUAUGCAAAUAUUCCGUUUGAUUUAAAGUUUUCGCAUCUCAAGUGAAAAAGUGAAAAGAAAACGAGCAUAGAAAUUGUUCACAGAUCUUUCUAUUCGGUGUUUUUCGACACAAUAUUUUGUCGCCGAUAUACUUUUCCGAUGCGAUUCGGUGUGUAACCACAUUUUUGGAUAAGACAUAUACGGACAGUUAGAAAGUGUGUGAGUGAGAGAGAAGCACAUUUCGAACGGAGAUACUUUUUAUUGGCAAAGUUGUGAACAUAGAUGAACCAAGCCAACGAAAAACAAAUUUUUUUUGGUUCUGGAUGCCGCGCGCGUGUUGACUGCUGCUAUCGACAUACAAAACUCAAACUUUCUGAAUAUAUGGCAUCGAAGUCGAUCUCUCUCUCAUUUCGUGUGUACUCAAUUCAGCAAAUCGAUUUUUAUUCCGUAUUUUUCUUCUUUUAUCGUUUUACGUGUGCUUUCUUGGGUGCUUCGUAUACAUACAUCGGUAUGAAAUAUGUGCAAUAGCCAUCGGUUGCAAAACGAACACCGAAAAAACUUGGCCGAGGAAGAAAUGUGUUUAAAUGGAUCUUUGACUUGAAAAGGUUGUUGUCGUUUUUCUUUGGCUCGAUUUUUUUUAUUCUCUAUCGUUCGUUCCAUGCCUAAAACACGAACGUUCGUGUGUUGGUUUGUGUUCGUUCUAAAAUAUAAAACAGAACAUCACGUUUUUAAGCGAAAAAUAAAAUAAAAAAACGAGACGAAGAGCGAAGCGCACGAAUGCUCUUUGGUAAAAAGACUCCUUCGAAAACCAAAGCAGAAAAAAAACACACACACAAACCUACGCAUUCAAUAUUAUAGCUAUAGUUAUAUGUAUUUGAAAAAAAAAAGAGAAAUAUUCUUUUCAAAAUACAUACCACAUUGUAUCCAUUUGUGUGUGCUCUUUUGUGUGUCUUUCGUUCAGUGUGAGUGGCUGUGGUUACGGGAUUAUACGCAUCCAGCAUUGAGAUAGAGCAAGCAAAAUAGAGCGAAAAUACAACAUAAAAAUCAAGAAAAAAAAAACUCGUCAAAAGAAACGAUAUUGAAAAUAGUUGCCAUUUUAUAUUCAAUGUGUGCAAUGGAUUGAUAUUCAAUGAGAAAUAUAAAAAAAAUUGAGUGUGCUUUCUACAAAUCCAUUUCAUUUGCCGAAUAUAUAAAUGUGAAUUGAAAAUAUCGACUAAAAGAAUGGAGAACAAAAAAGUAUUACAAUUUGAUAUAAAGUUGUGGUGCAUGUGAUUGACGCGUCUGACAACGCAACGGGUUAUAUAGAUACAAGCACUACGUGUACAGUAUUAAAUGAGAUAAAAAAAUGGAAAACUAAACCCCAAAAGGGAACGAAGAAAACAAGAUAAAAAAAUAAAUAAAUAAAGCUUUAUAGAAAUGAUUUUGAAGCACUAAUCUAACAAUCUCCACAAUCUGACGGUUGAGGUUUUUCUCGUCGCUUAUCUCGUUAAGUCUUUGUAUAUGUGAGUUACUUUUCUUGUUAUUGGGUGAAUGGUGCAACUAAAUUGAGCUAACCAACGAUAAAAACGGGAACAGUACACAUGCAUAAAAGUGAAAAUAAAAAUAAAAAUUACAUCUAUCAAAUGAUUCAAAUAAAAAAGAAGAGAAAGAGAAAAAUGAGUAAAUAAGAUCAACGACAACAAAAAAAAAAGAAUAAAUAUCCCAAACGAUUGAGCGAUUCGAUAUAACGAGCAAUACUCAAAAUAACGAGCAAGCGAGCGACCGAGUGAACGAACGCGUGUGUGUACAUAUAUGUUUUGAGUUAAAGAAGCACAUUUGAAGAAAACAACCCAAGUUAUUCAAUAAAUAAAUCUGUUCGGAUAACAUUUAAAUGCUUUGAGUGAAAUUUGAGUGUGCGUGUAAUCGCAAUGAUAGCAGAAAAAAGUGCUCGGUGUUCAAUCGACAGAUAGUUAAUAUAAAAAUUGGAUUAUCCCAAAAACGAGACAUCAAAAACCGUUUGUGAACGAAAAAAAACAACAACGACAAAGUCGACGAAAGAGAAAUCAAUUUUGGUCCCAGCAAUCAAAUACCAUCGACAGUUCAAUACUAGAAGAAACGAAAAUUAUCCACGAAUACGACGACGACAAUGACAUAAAAAAGAAAAUGGACAAAAAACUAAUCGGCAUAUAAAAAAAGCGAAUUUAAGUUGAUGACAUUUAAUGGAUAUUUCAUUGAGAAAAUUGCAAAAGAUCAAUCCCUCAUACAUUUCACAGUUCAACUUUUUAGUCAAACGGAUGCUGCAUAAUUCGAAGCACUAGAAAUUAUACAUAUACACAAACACAAAAAGAGCCAGAGAAACCGAUAGAUAUUCAGCCAGAGAAAGUACGUUAAAUGGAGAGUCGGGAUGUCAUGACCACAAAUGGACAGCAUAGAGAAAUACCAUUGUAACCAACAACAAAAUAUGGAAAUAGCUUUAAAACCAAUCUGAAUUUAUAUAUAUACACAAGUAUAUGGAUAUCAACUGAAAUUGAGAGUAUAAAGAGCAAAAACCUAUGGAAGUGUUAUCUUUUUUUCCGUUUGGUUUCGAAAUAUUAAACGAAGCGAAUGAAACGAGAACAUUGUAGAUAGAGAAUAACCAUAGAGACAGGAAGAAAGAAUUAUCAAAAAAAAAAAAAAAAAACGGUAUAAAAUUUUGAUGGAAGUAGGGAUCAAAGUUUCCUAUUGAAAGCAGUUACAACAAUUCGUCGAAAACGAAACGAGUUUAUUCGAAGCAAGAAAAAAAUGUUUAGUUAAAAAUUGCGAAUGUAAUCAGAUUAAACGAGAGUUUGAAAAGUUUUUUUCUUCAUUUUUCGUUAUUUCUGUUGCUGUUUUGUUUGGCUGACAGGAAAUACUUGACGAAUCGAACGUAAGCUGACUUAACGACGACGACAACAAAUAAAAUAUGGUUCUUGUUGCCAUUUACUAAUACAGAAUGCAUAAAUUCUCUGGUGAAAAUUCGUAAAAUACACAUUGAAACUGUAUCAGAGAUUGAUCCGAGCGGUAGAGCAAUACCAUUAGUAAAAUAGAUAGAAUAGGCACAUCAAUCGCAAUUUUUCGACACACAGAGAGGGGGAGUUGAACAACAAACCGAUUCCUUGGUAAUUUAUCAAGUUGUCGAAGUAGGUAGACACGAAGUCGAAUCGGAACAAAGUGUACGUGCGUAUACGGGCAAUGAAUGAUGCGAAAAUGAAGCGAUUUUACGUUGCUGUUAUCGUAUUGAGCAUCGUCGCAAUCAACACUGUGUAUUCGUGUCCAUCAGAAGUUUGCACAUGCAAGUGGAAAGGUGGCAAACAGAGUGUCGAAUGCGGUGAUAAAUUUCUAACAGAUUUACCCGCCGGAAUUGAUCCGGGCACACAAGUGCUCAAUUUUACGGGCAACAAUUUACAGUACUUGAUGAGCGAACGUUUCUACAAAAUGGGACUGAUUAAUUUACAAAAAAUCUUUUUGCCAAGAAAUCAAUUGAAUCGAAUUCAUGAUCGGGCAUUUCGUGGCCUGUCCAAUUUAGUCGAAUUGGAUUUAUCCGAAAAUAUGCUAACUGCCAUACCAUCAGAAACAUUUUCGGAUUAUAAUUCAUUAAUGCGAUUAAUUUUGAACGGAAAUCCAAUUCGUGAAGUUAAGUCAAACGCUUUUAAGCAUUUAUCGUUUCUUACAACGCUCGAAUUGAGCAAUUGUCAAUUGAAUGUGGUUGAAGAUGAAGCAUUUUUGGGCUUAGACAAUUUGGAAUGGCUAAAAUUGGAUGGUAAUCGUAUCAGUACAUUGCAAGGGCAUCACAUUUUACCACAAUCGUUACACGGCAUCAAUAUCGAUGGCAAUCGAUGGAAUUGUGAUUGCAAACUAAUCGAUUUACAUUCAUGGCUGAACACAUUCAAUGUGCCGCAGCAGUUUGAGAAUCCAAAGUGCAUGUCACCAGAACGAUUGGCCGGUCAAGUGAUAAAACAUCUAAAAACGGAUGAUUUGGCAUGCUUACCCGAAAUAACGCCAGCAUCCCAGUUUUUCGAAUUGAUCGAGGGUCGUAACAUUUCUUUAUUGUGCCGAAUCACGUCGUCACCAGAUGUUUCAAUAACAUGGUGGUUUCAGGGCCAUCUACUGCAAAAUGAUACAUUCACUGCGCAAAAUAUGCACAUUUACUAUUUCAUUGACGAAGGAAAUGAUGAGAAUAAAAACAGUGAACUGUUUAUAUACAAUGUUGUUCCUGAAAUGAAUGGCACAUUUUCAUGCAUUGCCGAGAAUGCGGCCGGAAAAUUCAUUGCAAAUUAUACGAUUCGCGUGCUGGUUAAAGAAGAACCGGUCGUGGAAGAAAUCAAUUUUCCCUAUCAAUAUUUUAUCGUAAUAAUUGUUGGUGCUGGUGUUGCGGCAUUUGUUAUUGUAUUAGCAUGUUGUUGUAUAGUAUUGAAAUGCAAACGAAAAUCGAAACGGAAUCGUAAAUUUAAAAGCGGCUCACAAACGGAUGCCACACUCCAAUUGCAAUCAAACCAAAUUAAAUUUUCCAGUGCAAAACCAGAUGCGCCAACCCUAUAUCCAAUACUGAAAAAUGGAAACUAUUCGAAUCAACAACAUCAACAGCAACAGCAUCACCAACAACAGCAACAACACAAGGAGAUGCAAUUGACAAUUGGACCGAGCGCAUCAUUGCUUGCCCACCAUCACAAUCUCAGUCACAAUAGCGGCAAUGAAAUUACAUCGGUGACAGGCAGCCAAUGUUGUAGUCCGCCAACAUCAAUACGAAAUUAUCAAGAUCAAAAUCCUGAUUUGAUAAAUGAUGCUGAGAGUGUAAAGAGUCGUACGCAUAUCGAUGUUGAUGAUGCAGCCAGUGAACAAGCAUCAAUUGGACCAUGUAGUAUACAGGGUUUAAAUUGUGAAAAUGGUUAUCAUCCGAGCGAGAAAAUGCUACGUAAUGCUGCGAAUAUUGCAAAUGCUGCUGCUGCUGCGGCUGCUGUCAAAUAUUCUAACCCAUUGACGACCUUACCUCAAGGCAUCAAUAAAGAUUUGUAUCAUCAUCACCAUCAAGUGGAUGUUCACUUGAGUCCGGGAUGCUUUUUAGCACAAAAUUCGAAUCAUCCAUUCGUAUGCUACCAAGAUUAUCAUCAAGGCAUACCAAUGUCACCAUUGGUGCAACCCCAUUUAUUAAAUCAACCAAGCAAUCAAGUGAAUUUCUAUCGUACGUUGCCGCACAAACCGAAAGCAAAAACUGCACAUAAUCAGGGUGUUCGGUUUUCAAUGGAAGCUGAAUUCUUAAAUCAGGGUUCAACGCUCGCAUUUGACACAUACAAUUUACGAAAAGAUAUUCGUUACACGGUCGAAGGUUAUCCAAAAGCGGGCGCCGAUAAUAAUCAUCAAACAUUGCCACAAGUAAACGAUCAACAAUUUCCAUCGCCGCCGGACGGUUAUAAAAAUGAAACAAUUCAACCCAUCGUAGGUAUCUUAAGUAAUUCAUCGAUGGUUUGCACCGGAACACCGACCGGUCUACCACAAUGGCCACCAGCAUUGCCCGGCUAUAAUGUAACUAAAAUUGAUCCAAUCAUAAGUUCAACAUCGCCAAAUCUUAUAUUAACGGCGACAAAUGCGAAAAAAAUCAUCCUAAAUAACAGCAGCCUAGAAAAAGAUGUGAUACCCGAAAAUCGUGAAGAAGAAGAAGAAGAAGCCGAACAGUAUAACAACAAUGGUGAUAAAUUACGACAAUUGACAGGUCCAUUGGCCGAUAGUCCUGAUGAAGGUUAUGGCGGCGAUGCACAUGAUGCAACAACGCCAGCCGAUACUUGACACAUACCAAACUCAAUCACCCAAAUACCCACUGAUAACAAAGCUACCCAUCAUCACAAUACAACCACCGCAACACCAAUGACGACGACGACGAAUAAUAGUAGUCAUUCAAUAGUUCCAAAUAGCAAUUUCGAUAAAAUUGCCGACGAUUCGGUUGCACUGUAAGUGACCGUAUGUCGGCGAAAACUGAAAACUGAAAACAAAAAACAAUUAAUUGCAACGAAAUUACCGAACCAAACCAGAGAUUAGAAAACAGAUCUAUUCUGUACUACGACAGACAUGCACACAUAUAUAUACUAUAACUAUAUGACGGAAAAAUGGAAUCGCCAUGAAAAACUAAUUAAAAUCGAAUGAACGAACUACAACUGUAGAAAAUCAAUUAAAACUGCAUUUAACAGCAGAUAUUGUAUGUGAAACUCAAAUUGGAUACCUGUUGUUGUGCGAUGUGCAUACGAUAUUAAAUACGUAUGAGUGUGAGUGUUAUGUGUUUGCGAAACGGGGUGCGACGAUAUAUGAAGACGAUAAAUUAGCAAUUUUCAAAAUGACGCAAUGAGCAUAAAGCCAGAAAAAACUGACAGCCAGAUAAAGACAGGGUAUUCAACCAAAUACAUGCAAAAUAGUUUGCAUACAUACACACACACAAAGAAAGAGAAAGAGACAAUGUCUAUAACAAAUAAUGUGAGUAGGGAAAAUUUGCUAGCGCAAUUGAAAUACUCCAAAACUCAAAAGUCUAUAGACGCACAUAAAAAGCAAAGUUAAACUUUUAGUCUAAUUAGAAUUUGGGAUGAUGGAAAAUUGGCGAAAAACCGUAUAUUUAAAUAUGCUCUCAUGCACAUUAUACGCACAUUGAAAAGUGUAAAAAGAGUAUAGAACGGGCGCAACAAAAUAUGUCUAACAAAAACCAAAAAUCCAUCACUCGCAUUUUGGCCAAAUUGUAUUUACUUUAGAACUAUGAAUUCAUAAACUUUUCCAUAAAUAAUAUUAUUACCAUUAUUAAUUCGUCGUUGUGCGUGUAUUCAUGCGAGAAAUGACAGUAACAAAAGAAUUGAGAAUUCUCAAGACGCCAGCAAAAAUGGGAAUGUGUCAUGGCAAAAAGUUUUUGAUGAUAACGUUAGAAGGAAUGUAAUAUAUAUAGGAGAGCAAAACAAAGAUUAUAUAUCUGUGUGUCGGAAUAACAAUAGGAAAAUGUGUUGUUUUUCGGACCAUCCAGAAAUAUAUAUAGGAUGCAGAUGUUUUUCGUCAUCGAAUUCUUCUCCGAAGUAAGCGAAAUAGACAAAGUGAAACAAGAGAACUUUUAUACAAACAAAAAUUGGAAAAUGAUUCAAUCAUGACAUCACAUCUAUCUUGAUGUGUGCAUUUCCACACAAUGCAAUUGAAAUAUCAGAAUUGUGAUGACUUGUAUAGCGUGAGAGUGAUUGAAAUAGACAAAAUAUAGAGCGAGAUCGACAAACAAGUCACAGCCGAACAAUAACUUUGGCAUCAACAAUCCUGAUGAUGUUUUAGCGAUGUCUAGAUAAAAUAGAAAUGUGAAAGAAGAGAGAAAGCAAGUUUAUAUUAAAGCCGAAAACAUUUAUUAAUAGAGAACAACAAAAUAUGCUUAAAACUUCCGGAAAUUGAUAAAACCGACACGAGUAGAUCCUCUUGUGAACAAAGACCUCUCACAUUUUUGAAAGCUCGUGCUCGCUCAUUCACUUUAUAAAAUUGAGGAGAGAGAGAAAGAAAUUUAUAAAUAUGUUUUGUGUUUGUACGUAUAAAAUCGUUACUACGAAACACGCGCUCAUUCCAACCAAAUCGUUGGCAAAAUGCAGAACUCAUUUUUCUAUAUCGCCGUUUUAUAAUGUAUAUUUUUUUUCUCAUCGUUCGUUGAUGUCGUCGUUCUUCUAUCCAAUUUCAUUUUAUUUCGAAUUUUUCAAUUUAUCCGUUUCACAACAGAAUCGUGAAGGAGAAGAGGAAAAUUUAUUUGCACAAUGCAAGAGAGAAUAAAUGGAGACGCAAACAAUAUACAAUAUUUUUCUUUUCUCAUAUUUUUGUAUGUCUAUAACAUGACAAAUAUGUAUAUCUCACUUAAAUAGAUUUCACCAAUACCACUCAUCCAGAACAAAUCCUGAGCGAAGAGAGAAUGGGUCGAGAGCGAAAAAAGAUGCCAAAUUACAUAUUUUCCAUCGAUUCACCACCAACAAUAAAACCGUAAUAACAACAACAAUCGAACGAAUUAUAUUUAUCUCUCGAUACUGUGUUACUACUUCCGAUUUCUUGGACCUAUUCGUCGUUGUGUCGAUCGAAUACAUUUUCAAAAAUUUAUUCAUACCAACAACUCAAUACAUAUAUAGACGCACACACAAUGUUUCACAUGCCAAAUAGAAGGACAAAAUAUAAAGAAAUGAAUCUGGCAUACAAAUAAAAAAAAAACACAGUAAAAAAACAGAGAUAGAGGGGGUGGAAUAAGAACCAAACAGAGAACGAUGGAAAUUAUUAAGAUGUUUGUGCAAAUGGCAAUAGAGCCGCAUCAGAGAAUAAGAAUUCCUAAAAGUAGCUAAACCUAUAUAUACUCUCAUUUCUGUUUUUACUUCUCAUUUUUCUUUCUCUAUCGUCGGCAUUCAUUGAAAAAUAUUUAUUUUUCAUUGACGAACGAAUACAAAUUAUAGAAAACGACAAAUAUGUAUACAUUUAAAUGUAAAUGGCAGUUCUUAAAUCAGAAGAAUACAACAGAAAUUUCAUCUUAACAAAACAGAUGAAGGGAAACGGGGGUUGGGGCAGCUGCGUUGGCGAAUUAUUACUGAAAAUGUAUAAGUCUUAUUAAUGUCAAAAAUCAUGAGAGAAGAAGACAAAAUUGAUUGACAUGGCUGCUUUUAUGAACAUUAAAAAAACAUUUCUUUCCAUUUUUUGUGCUCUCUUUCGCUCUGUUUAUUUGUUCGUUUCCUCAUCUUUAACUUCAGCUAAUACGGUUCGGCUCUGCUGCAGCACUGGUUGUUUUUUCCUUUUAUUUAUGUUAUUUAACGAAUAUUGUACGCUCUUUUGUGAAUAGCAUUCAAUUGAAUGGGAUCGGAUGAGAGUGGGAUGUGAAAGCGUGACAGAUUCAUAUGCAAUCAUAUAAACAUAUAAUGUUGUAUUUAUAUUUAGUUUAACGAAUGAUGAAUACGUAGCAAUAUGGAAACGAAUUAUUUACGAUUGUUAUGAUGGAUAGCAUGCAUUCGUAACAAUCAACGAAAUCGAAUACAAAAUGCAAAAAUGCAAAAUGUGAAACCAUCAUCAGGCAAAAUUGUCGCGUAAAUGUAGCAUAACAAUCGAAAAUGACAGAAAAUCAAACCAUACAUAAAUUUAUGUAAGCUCACACCAUCAGCCUCUGUGUGUUUACUGUUGAGUGACUCUCGAGCUUUAUGAAAAUCGUAAAUGUACAAUGAGUAUCGCAAUAAAUGGGGAAUGAAAGAGCUGGAUGUGAAAGGACAAAGACACAUACGGAGAUUAAUUGUACAACGGUACGGAAUCAAGAGAGAUUAUAUCAUUAAUAUUGAAGUAAAUCUGAUGAUGCGGAACAAAAAAAAAACACUGAUACAUGAUUUCGCGGCGAAACAGACAAAAAAAGAUAUUCAGCCAACUUUAUUUGUGAAAUCGUAUACUGUACUGUCACCCGUUGCCACCCCAUCAUUUUCUUUUUGCAUGCAUUUACUCUUGUGCUCAAACACACACAAACAAAACCAGUUUAUAUCAUUUUCGAGACAUAUUCAAUGUUAAAGCAUUAAACAUCAAUUUUACUUCUCUCAAUCCACGUCACGACAGCACAAAUUGUCGUCUGCACAACAUUCACAUUCACAUUCACUGUGGUUUUAUGGGCGAAAAAAUUAAGUGUGUAUAUAUAUGCCCGUUCUACUUUACUUCAUGAACCGCACGUUUUAUUGUAACGACAAAUGAAAAUAAAAAAAAAACGGUGCUACCAAAGCAAAGAACGAGAGACGGCAAAGAAGAGAGAAAAAAAAAACAUGAAAAAUAGAAAUAUAAACAGAAAGCACAAAUAAUAAAAAUGGAUGCAAAGAAAUCACUUUUAAUUCAAAAUGUAUGUGAUAUGUACAAAUGUGUAUAUUUUCGUGGGUUAAUGUCCUGAAUAAAAUUUGCUCCGAUUUAAAUUGAAUCGUGUGUACGUGUGGUUGCAAAGUUGCUAAAGCACUUGGCAUAAUAAGCACGUGUGUGUGUCAGUCAGACAGAGCGACUAUUCUAUUUCUUUUGAUUCGUCUCUAUUUCUUUUUAUUCACUCUCUUCAUCAUGUCGAUUUUUCAUCGGGCUCUUAUCGAAUCGUUACAUUUCCCUCGAAAUUCAUUUCGACUUUAUUUUUUUUUUCUACUUCUCUUGAGCUUUUUCUCAUUCUUCACAUCGUUCACUCUGUUGUCUUUCAUUCUAUCGUUUGCCAAAUUGAACAAAAGCUCUCAGCAUCUCCGGUUUUAUUUUCGUUUUCAUUUUUUCACUGUGUCUUGAUGUUUUUGAUUUGAUGGUUAAUGAAGCGCCUCACUUAUGCACAAAUAUACAUUCAUCAGUGAGGCUGGGGCGAUGGAGAGGCAAAGCCGAGUUUGAUUGUACACUUCUUUUUCGGGUAAUAUAAUAUCGACAAAACGCGUGAGCAUCAUCAUAGCAUGUGCCCAAUUUCAAAAAGGAAUUGAAAGGAAUGAACCGUUGAAAAGAAAAUUUUCUUGCUUUUUUCAGUUUAUUUCUCUCUUCUCUCUUCAAGUGUGUAUACAAGUGUAUAUGUCAGCAGCCCUAUCUAUUUACUUAAGAAAAUGCACAAUAGAAAAAACUAAUUGAAUUCAUGCAAAAUCGUAUUAUGUUUACUGACACAAAAAAGCCCCCCAUUCUCUCGAUCUAUUUUCUUUAUUCUUUUUUUUGAUGUAUUCACGUACAAUUGAAUAGAAUACAAAACAUAUUGACGUCAAGACAUAGCGUGAAAGGAGAAGAAUGGAAAUUUAACCAUAUGUUCAAUUCAUUAGUUUAUUAUUCCAUCUCAUACCAUCGUCAAUGCUGGUUACUGUUGUCGCCAUCACGCCAAUAAUCUAUUAUGAAUAAAUAUGGUAAAAAUGUAUCAUAUGACUUUCCCGCACACACAAGCAAACAAACAAACGCUAAAAAAAAUGUUUGAAAAGUCACAAAUUGAAAAAUCGUUUUAUUUUUGCAUAGAAAAAAGCAACAACAUUUCUAUAUUCAUUAUUAUACACGUAAAAAGUGAAUGAAAACGGAAAGGGAAAUAAAUAAACUCAAUGAAAAUUGAACAAUUCAUGUUGUAUAAUUAAAAUGGCAUCAAUGCUAAUGUGUUACCUGAUUUAAUCUUUAAACCAUGUUCGAUUUUUUUUUUCAAAAUCGUUUGCAUUAAUUCGAUGAUAAUUUUUUGCAUACGCAUCAAAAUUGAAAUAGAGCAAAACAGAAAAAAAGCAAUUAGGAGUGGGAGAAUAAACGGGCAAUGAAAUCAACCAAACCGAUUUGCAAAUGAUAGAACAAAAAACAAGAACGCAUCGUUGCGUGUAAUUUUUUUAUAUGUCCAAUUCAUGUUCGAUUUUCAAUAUUGACGCCAAAAUGCUUGUUAAUUAAAAUUGAUAAUAAUGAUUAUUUCCAAAAAAUGAGGAAGGAAGCAGUGGGUUACCCUUGUUGGAAUUUCUAAAUAAAAUGUCUUACAUCCGUAAGAUGAACU